AUGUCGUCGUCAUCACCCGAAGACAACGCGAAUCUUGAAGUUUCAGGUUUCUACGCUGCGGCGCCACAAUUGGAUCUAAACUUCGUUUUACAAUCUUGUAAAGCAUUCGAGAACGAGGGAAGCAACAGGGAAGUUGGUCAGACUGAUCCCAGUGGCGCGUCCGUGCCGAGAUCUCUGCCGAAUUACUAUGCACGGGUGAAGAACACGUACGCGAAGGGAUCGUUCGCUGACUGCUUCAGAAAGCCAUUCGGUUGCCCGAAAUGCGGAAGAUGUUUCACCGUGAAGGGCAACAUGACCAGGCAUCUCAAGUACGAGUGCGGCCAAGCACCGAGAUUCCAGUGUCCUUACUGCGAGUUCCGUAGCAAACAAACGUCCAACGUGAUGUCUCAUAUCCGUACCAGGCACACAGGUCAGACAGUUUACGUGGUGCAUCUCGAAAACUGAAGGGUCACCGGCAGUCGAGAAGAUAUGACCCGAGAGAUUUAAGUUCGUGUUCUUCUUGCUUGCUGGAAAAAGAAAAACGAACAACGUCGUAAGAAGAAAAGAGAGAGAGAGAGAGAGAGAGAAAGAAAGAAGAAGAAAAGAAAAAAAAAAAAACGGCCGAGAGAAGGCGACGCGAGGUGCGAGUGUUCGAUUAUUUUACAAAGUCACAAGACAAUCGACCGCUUUUCGCGUUAAUGGUUCCCUACGGCAGACUCGAUCUCCGUCCCUUUCGAGAUCCAUCUGUCGUUGAUGAAGUGUCUCAAAAGCUUGCUGUUCGCUUUGGAAACGUACAUAGGUAUCUCCGAACGAACGCAACCUCUUGCGAUUUUCCCUCGAUUAGAAAAAUAAUUUAUACACACACUUUACAUACAUACGUACAUGUAUACAUACAUAUGUAUGUACACACACACACACACACACACACGCAUGCACACACGUACAUACACACGUGCAAUGUUCCUGUAAUCGUGAUACAAUCGGCCAUGAUUCUGACGAAAAAAUAAAUCGCAAGAGAAAAGAAUAACUUUAUUUGUUUAAGGCUUCCGAAAAUGAUCAAGUUUGAAGAUUCAUCGCUUAUACUUAAAUUUAGCUAAUUAUGGACUAGUCGGAAGUGACUAAUCAAGAUACUAACGAUACAAUUUUCUCACGACGUUUUCAACAAAGCGUUACGUUUGAAAAUUUACUAACAAGUCAAUUUGUAACACGCUUGCAAUGCUAAUUCUUAACCAAACAUGUUUGAACUUUGUUUUCGUGGAAAUGGGACCUUAAAUAACAAAGUUCUACUCUACGUUUUUCACUUAAUUUCGCAAUAAGAAAGAACAAUCAUUCCUGUCCAAUUCGUAAUUAGCCAGAUUCGUAAAUAAUCCCGUGAAAUUUUCAAACUCAAUUUCCUCGAAGAAAGUGAAAGCAAAUCGUGUAUGAAAAAAUUGCAUUCUUUCCUUUCAGUUUAUUUCUACGUGCGGAAUCACUCUAGUCGCUUGCACGAUCGCAGGUGUAUCCUGUAUAUCUAUACACACUGACACACGCCCACAUUUACUUGCCCACGUCACACGUAUAUACGAAUACCAUAUGUGCAUAUAAUAUAUAUGAUACAUAUAUUUUCCGUUGUUAUUAAAUUUUUAAAUGUUUUAUAAAAUUAAAGAAUGAUCGUUUACGAGAUCUCUUAUCGUGGAACGAAACAAUGCUCAAAAUGAAUCUCGAAUUUUAGGGUAUUGCGAUCGCCCGGUUAGUUAGUUUGUUGCACGUUGAAAUUGCUCGUGUUUUUUACGAAUGGUUUUUGUCGUUGACGACGGCAGUUUACUCGAGAGAAGUCGAGAACGGAAAGAUGUUUCAAGUACAACUGUGUUUAAAGUUCCACGAUGCGUACGCGCCAUCGCGCGAAACGUUCUUCGAUUCCUAGACGUCCUAUUAGAUGAAAUUGUAUGUUUUCUAAAGUGGAGAGAGAGAGAGAGAGAGAGAGAGAGAGAGAAAUAGAAAAGAAAGAGAAAUCGAUGGAAACGCUAGUAAUAAUAAUAAUAAUAAAAAUAAUAAUAAUAACGACAUCCUUAACGUUCAUAGUAGCGAAAGAAAUCGACUUUAACGGACUUUCAUUGUCGACGAAAUCAAGCGAGCUAUAUAGGAUCAGGAGAUAGAAAGGGAGAAAAAGGAGAGUAAAUGCGUGUUCAUCAAAUACUAUUUAAAAAAAAAAAAAAAAGUUGUUUCGGAUAAUUCUGUGUCCGGCAUAUUGUUGGAUGUUUGCGGAAUAAAACAGAGAGGAGACGUGUACCGUUUGAUCGAUCGGCACGUUCUCUAUUUCAAGACUGAAUGGUACAGGGUGAAAACGGUCGAGGCAAAAUGUGUUCUUUCGCUUUUGUUUCUCGUCGAAACGAAUGAAAGAAUUGCGAUGAGAGAUAAUACUGAGCAUUUAAGGCUUUGAAAAUCGAACGAGCUGAGAGAACAGCCGGCGUACAAACUUACGAAUGUUUGGUGUACAGCCAUUCACUUCGCCAGAAGCACCGCCGCGCUUCGAGACGUUAUCUUCGAUUUCCAUUUUCUUCUACCUGCACAUAGACGUUAGUGGCCGACUGUUUUUGUUGCUGUGAUAUAAUUAAUGAUGUUGUAGCGUUAAGUGCGUUUAUUGAUAACUGUGUGCGCCCGAUAACAAGUACGAACAAGUUGUUCUUUCUCCGUUUGGUCGGUCGCGUACGACCGAUCAUUUCCUUCGGGACAUUGACUAAAAAAUAAAUGUUCGCGAAUUACAUUCGA